CGGCCGACACGCCUCAAACCGCCCAGAAUCAAAUAUUUAUUUUAUUCCAGGAGUGGCAACAGGUUCUCUUUAAUUCUUUACCGGUCGGUCUUCUCUUUGUGUAAUUGCUGAAGUUGGAAAAUUUUGAGGAUUGUCAAUAAUGGGAGCACCUCGCACAAAAUUGUUUGUCGGACAUUUACCUGAUGGAUGUACUAACGAUGAACUUCAGGCUCUUUUUGAGAAGUACGGAACGGUUAAAGAAUGUGAUGUGAUUAAUAAAUAUGGAUUUGUGCACAUGAGCACACCUGAAGAAGCCCAAGAUGCAAUAAAAGCUCUUAAUAAUUACACUUUUAGAGGUUCAUCUUUGAGUGUGGAGCCAUCGAAAAGCAAACUGCAUCCCGAACCAGGAGCACCCGGACGUGCAAAGGGUGGAACAUCUAGAGGUAGUCGAGGAAAUUAUGGUGGUGGAUAUGGAGGGCCUCAACGAGGUAGUGGAUUUGCCAAUGGUUACAGAGGAAGAUUUGAUGGACCUUCAUUUGGUGGAGGUCGUGAUUUUUAUCCAGAGCGUCCUUAUGGUGGCAGUAUGAGUUCAAGAAUGAGGCCUUAUCCAAUGCCAUAUGAACGUCAUUCAUUAUCUAUGGGCCUGAGGGAUGAGUAUGAUUAUCGUUCUUCACUUUAUUCAGUUCCUUCGAGAGAUCCGUAUGCACGGCCAUCAAUACCACCUCGAGAUUUGUAUGAAAGAAGACCCUCUUCAUAUCCAACAGCUAGUGAUUAUUUGUACUCUCGCAGAUCACCUCCACCUCCAAUUUCUGCACCUUCAAGGUCUUACUGGUACAGCGAUGGUAUUGGAGAGAUUUCUGAAAUGGGAUUGAAGCCAUCCUUGUAUUAUUAACUCUGAGCUUCUUAAAUAUCAUCAAGAUUAGCUCCUCCAUCUGCUACCAGGCGACCCUACUUUUGAGAACCAAAAUGGAUGCAUUUUUUUUACAUUUGACUUUUGUAUGAAAAGCAGUCAUAAUCAUGGAACAUCAGAGCUCAUAAUUUUUAACAAAUAAUCAUCCACUUAUCCCAUUAGCACAAACAUUUAUUAAAUGUAAUUAAAUAGUCCAUAUUUUACUAUGGAAUGCAAAUCUAAUAUUUUCAUCAAUGAAUUGAAAGGUAUUAAAAUUCUUCAAAUGAUUUGCCAUUUGUUGGGAUCAGUGACCUGCAAUGUGAGAAGUACUUUUUUUUUUUGUACUUUUCAGUAUUGAAUUGUGUGAAUAUCUUUUCCAUUGUUAAAAUAUAAUUGAGACAUUUAAAAAUAAUCCUUGAUUUCUUUUCUUGUUAUUCAAAAAUACUUCCAUUACAUUCAUUAUGUAUAAAAUUUGAAAUAUUUUAAGAGGAAUGUGAAAGAAAAUUAGGAAUAUUUCCUAAUUUAAGUAUUUAAUCUGUUAAGCAAGCAUUUUUAUGUAUACUGGAUGAAAAAUGGUUCUUGUUUUGAAUAAAAUGCAUUCCAUGUCUUU